UGGGCCAGACGUAAACAGUGAACGCUAACUGGGAUAAACAUCGUUUUAUGCCGAAUCUCAAAUUAAAAACUCGCUCUGCGGUCUACAACUGUCUACUAUUAAAAUAAUAUAAUAUUAUUUAAUUCCAGAAAUCUAACAAAAUGAGUAAAGCCCAUCCGCCGGAGUUAAAAAGAUACUUGGAUAAAAAACUGUCACUAAAAUUAAAUGCGAAUAGACAGGUAGCAGGCGUUCUACGUGGCUUUGAUCCAUUUAUGAACCUUGUAUUAGACGAAACUGUAGAAAAAAUCAAAGAUGGUGUUGUGAAUAGUAUUGGGAUGGUGGUUAUAAGAGGAGAUAGUGUUUUGACUAUAGAAGCAUUGGAUAGGAUUGAUCAACAUUAAGGAUAUGUAUUUCUCUGUAAAUAAAUACAAUGUAUGUUAAUACAAUUUUUCUUAUAUAAUAAAUUAAUUUAAAUAUAAGAGUUCA